UAGGAAUCUACCAUAGUACCAUACUACCAUAUUAUAUCGUCGGUUGAACUGUUGUGUUGAAACUUGAAAUGUUAGAAGUAUAGUCUUAAAUUAAUUUUAAAUUAUUUAACUACAUUUGGACAGUUAAUAUUUUUUAUAGAUUAACAGUAGAACAUAAUAGCUUUAUAUAUAUUAUUUUCAUGAUGAUAAGAUCAAAAGCUUUUCUUUCAUUAGUAAUAUUUUCUUUAAUAUUCGUACAAGCUCAGUCAUAUUUAUUAUGCUACCAAUGCGUUUCAACACAUCCUGGUUGUGGCACACCGUUUAAGUGGUUAUGGCAUAAAACAGUUUCUUGUCCUGAAGAAGAUGAUAUAUGUGUAAAAGUCAUUGAGAAAGUCGGGGCUGAAGAACGUAUUACUCGUGAUUGUUUGAGUUCAUUAAAAGGUUUUCGAACAGAUAUCCCUGCUGAUAAGUAUGAGGGCUGCAGAAAAAGUUCCUUGGAUGUAAAACUUGGUCACUAUGUGAAUAAUUCAAUUCCUGAAUUGGAUAUUAAACGAAACUAUUAUGAUUCAACUACUUGGUGCUUUUGUUAUUUUGAUCAUUGGUGUAAUUCAGCUAACAUGUCUACAUCUUCUAAUUUACUUAUUGUGCUGAUAAGUAUAUAUUUUUUUGUUCGUAAUAUUGACCAGUGAAUAUUUUUGUAAUAAUAUAAAUUUUAAUGUAAAAGAUUCAUAUUCAUUAUUUGUACUAAAAAAUCAAACAUUUAUUUAGGUUUUUGGUUUUAUUAUUUAUGAAUAAUUUAAAAUAUUGUUGAUUAUGUUAUAUAUUAUUUUUGAAAUAUGUUUGUAUUCCACCAUAUUGCAAAGUUGGUAUGUAUUUACUAUAAAUUAUGUUUAAUUUUGUUAGCUAGAAGAACAGCACUAUGUUUCAAAUUCUUGUUUAAUAAUUUAUAGUAAUUAUAGCACUUUUACCAAAUAGGUUUAUAUAAUAAACUAUUCAUUGAGAUUAAGUAUUAUUUAUGUUCAAAGUAUAAUUCAAAAUACCAAACAUUUAAUUUACAUAUCCGUCCAAAUAUGUUUGGUCUUUUAUUAUAUAACUUUGAUUUAUUAGCUUAUUGAUACAUUAUUUUUAUAAGUAGAACUGUAUUAUAUUAUAAUUUAGUUAAUUUAUUCUUUAAAGUAACUAAAUCCGUCCAUUUUAUACUAUAUUUUUUUCUGUAAAAUUUAAUUUUUUUAUACAUUUUUUUUCUAAAAUAAAAUUUUUAUAUUGUAUGGAAAUAUUUUGUAAUUUAUAAAUAAAAAUGAAAUGAAAUUAUAAAAUUUGAAUUUUGAAAUGAUUUAUAAGAAUUUGAUUUUGAUAGAUUUAAUUAUUAAUUUAUAAGAAUAAAAUAAAUAUAUAAUAUAUUAAAUGAAAAUUGUAAAAUAUCAAUAUUUUGAAGUUUAUUCAGAAAUACUAUUAUAUUUACUAUUUUUGUCUUUAGGGUACUUAGAUUACAUAUUUUCAUAUUAUUAUAACUUUUAUGUAUUACUAUGAUUGAGGCAUUCUAUAUUUUUAUAUUAUUAUUUAUUAUUAAGCUAGGUACUCAUAUAAAUAGUACAGAUCAAAUAACUAUAUAUUACAAAAAAAAAUUCACAAUUUUAAUUUUGAAACCUGAAAUAUUUAUUUUUUUAGUUUUUGUGCUAAUUUAAUUUUGCAGAAAAUUUUAUUGCAUUUCAAUUAUUUGUCUAUUAUGUCAUAAUUAUUCAACAAAAAAAAAAAAAAAAUUGAAAUAAAUGAAAAUCUAGAAUGAACACAAUCUUAAUUUUCUAAGUAUUAUAAAAAUAAUUUAAUCUUAUUAAUUAGAGAUUUUUUUCAAUGUAAAUUAAUAAUAAUAACAUGUGAAUUAUGAAUACUUACUUCAGUGAGACAGUGAAUAAAGGUCAGAGUUUAUAUAGUUAUGUAGUGAUAUACAGGAACGAUUGUCUGUAACUUCCACCAAGUCUAUUAUGUGUACUGUGUAGUGAAGUCAUGCCUCUCUGCACAAGUUGGCUGUCGAGUAUGGUCUUAUAUCAAUCUGAGUUUAGUAAUAUGUCUAAAUUAUACAUAUUAGUUAAUUAAAACUAUGUAUAAAUAUAACAUUAAAAUAUCUUAAAACUUACAUAAUCUACCUAUGUCAAUUAACUCUAAGAAUUUGAAAAAAAAAUAUUUAAUUGUAUGUAAUAAAUUAUUAUAAUAUAUAUAAUACUAUUAUUUAUUAUUAA